AUGUUAUCACUACUACUUUUCCUUGCUCUAUGCCUAAUUCUUCCUCUCCUAAUCUUCUUCCACAAGCAAAAAACCACUAAAAAUUUUCCACCUGGUCCUAAAGGCCUUCCCAUAAUAGGAAAUCUUCACCAACUAGACAUUUCUAAUAUUUGUCUUCAACUUGCACAAUUUUCAAAAAUAUAUGGUCCUAUAUUUUCACUCAAACUUGGUUCAAGACAAGCUAUUGUAGUUUCUUCAUCUGAAAUUGCCAAAGAAGUUUUGAAAAAACAUGACCAUUUGUUUUCUGACAGACCUCAACUAUAUGGCCAACAAAAAUUAUCUUAUAAUGGGUCAGAAAUUAUAUUUUCACAAUACAAUGAUUUUUGGAGAGAAAUAAGAAAAAUUUGUGUUAUUCAUAUUUUUAGUUCCAUACGUGUAGCAUAUUAUUCUUCUAUAAGAAGUUUUGAAGUGAAGAAAAUGAUUAAAAAAAUUUCAGAACAUGCUAAUUCUUCAAGUGUUACAAAUAUGAGUGAGGUAUUGAUAUCUCUUUCAAGUACUAUAAUAUGUAGAAUUGCUUUUGGAAAAAGCUAUGAAGAUGAAGGACAUGAGAGAAGUAGGUUUCAUGAAAUGUUGCAUGAGUUUCAAGCUUUGUUAAUGGAAAUCUUUGUUGCUGAUUAUAUUCCAUUUACGAGUUGGAUUGAUAAGCUGAGAGGAUUGCAUGGUCGAGUUGAUAGAAAUUUCAAAGAGUUUGAUGAGCUUUAUCAAGAGAUUAUUGAUGAACAUUUGGAUCCAAAUAGAGAACAUGGAGAUGAAGAGGUUAUUGUUGAUGUUUUGUUGCAAUUGAAGAAAAAACGUUCGUUUUCUUUUGAUAUCACUUUUGAUAUCAUCAAAGGAGUAUUCAUGGAUAUGCUUGUAGCUGCAACAGAUACCACAUCAGCCACAUCAGUUUGGGCUAUGACUGCCCUAAUAAAAAACCCUAGAGUAAUGAGAAAAGUACAAGAAGAAAUUAGAAAUGUGGGAGAUAAAAAAGAUUUUUUAGACGAAGAUGACAUUCAAAACUUUCCUUACUUAAAGGCAGUGAUUAAAGAAACACUAAGAAUGCAUCUACCAGCACCACUUCUUGUGCAAAGAGAAGCACGUGAAAAGUGCACUAUAAAAGGAUACGAUAUUCCAGCAAAAACAAUAUUGUAUGUGAAUGCUUGGGCUAUUCAAAGGGACUCCAAUGUUUGGGAAAAUGCAGAAGAGUUUUAUCCAGAGAGAUUUUUAGAUAGUUCGAUAAGUUUUACUGGACAAGAUUUUGAACUAAUACCUUUUGGAGCUGGUCGUAGAAUUUGUCCAGGUAUGCCUAUGGCAGUUGCUUCAUUGGAGCUUUUUCUUGCUAAUCUUCUCUAUUCAUUUGAUUGGGAAUUGCCAGAUGAGUUAAAAAAGGAAGAUAUUGAUACAGAAAUGUUGCCAGGAAUCACUCAACACAAGAAGAAUCCCCUUUGUCUUGUUGCCAAAAUCCCUAUGUAG